AGAAAAAGAGACAGGACAGACAUCCGAAUGGGGCAUUGGGAAAUGGCCCAGCGACCUCCGGCCCAUUGGCACCGCCACUCCAAUGGUCGGAGGGGGGGCUCGUCUAUAGAUGCGGCACCCACAAGAAGCCACUCAGACAUUGGGAAAAGAUGCCAAAGAGGCAGAGAGUCACACACACACACAGACACACUUCCUUUUUCUAGCGGCAAUGCUGUAAGAAGGUCAAUCAGUUUCAAAGAAGACGUUGCCCAGUCCUGACGUUAUUUCGUUUUUUUUUUUAGUUCGUUGAUUUCCCAUUGAUUUUCAUUACCGUGUCUCUUUACUUGUUCACAUCGGCCGUGUUAAUUGUUCCAUCUGGUGGCUGCCGUGCGACUGACGGCCACAAGCCAUUGAUACGUAUUUCUUAAAAAACAAACAAAAAACAAACAAUGACGGCCAUGGGCCAUCAGAUGGUGAUCGUGUCGUUACUAGUUACGGCUUGUUCGAUGAGCAACCAACAUUCGGCUGUUGCCUUUUCAGAAGAAUCGCUGAAAGAUCUCAGUCGAUUGCCUCAUUUCCAACGCCAUUGGUUGCAACGACUCGAUCAACAGGCCAACACGAAGCGCAAUUUGAAUACAAGGCUGACGACCGCCUUGCCGAGCAGCAGCACUACAACAACAACAACGAGCACUUUGAUUGAGACGACUGACGAUUCGUUGGAAGAGGUAGGGGAAAGAGAUGAAAGAGUGACGACUAGUGGCCCGUCGGUGAUUAGCAGCAGCCAGCAUGCGGAUGGUGGCGUGGACCGUUCAUCGGUGACAUUGACCAUCAGCGAAGCCAAAGAAAGACUCAAGGCUAGGAAGAUCAAAAAAAGCAAAAUCAAAACGGCCCUGAUGAAGGAGGCGGAAGAAGACGGCCACAACUACAAGAAAGCAGAUGCUCAUUUGAGAAAUGAAACAGAAGAGGAAGCAGUAGAGGUGAAGAAACACAUCCAGCGGAUGGCCAACGCCACGUGCUCUUCGCCGGCCGCCCGUUUAGUGUACGUGCGACAGCAGCACGAAGCCGCGCCCAACGUCCGUUACUUACCGGCUUGUACGUGGCUUCAUCGUUGCUCGGAUGAAAUCGGAUGUUGCACCGAUGAUUCGAAAACGUGUUCCGCCUCUCACAUCGAAUCCGUUUCCCUGCCAUUUUUCGUUUUAACGAUGACGGGGAUGGAAACGAAGAGAACGGUGACUCGUCUAUCAUUUGAAAAUCACACGUCGUGCGAAUGCGUUGGUCGCAAUAGCGACGUCAUGCCACGAACGGAACCGUACAGCAUUGCCGACGAGCCUCAUCAUCGUCCGUCCGCUGUGCAUGACGGCACUAAUAACAGCGACGAAGGUAAAUACCAUCACUUGCACAACGAGAAAAGCGUCCAGCUGCGUCGGCGACCCCUCGGCCGAGUUGCCAUGGCCCGUUCGGCCCAUUUCAUUUUGCCGCAGCGCGAUCAAGAAAUCUCAUCGCAAGAAGAAGCGUCCCAUCCGAUGAUAGCAGAGCGACAAUUAAGCGAUGCUCCACUUGAAGCCAAGCACGUGAACUAUUCAAAUGGGAGCCAAUGUCGCUGCCCUUCCGGUUACACGCCAGUGAGUGACGGCAAAAAGAAGAGGACGACGUGCGCAAUGUGCCAGUGUUUCGACGAAGAGAGUCGACAUCACAGACACAGACAUCAUCAUCGAAACAGAUGGCCAUCAAAUCAUCGGCCAGCACGUCCACCGUUGCUUCGCUGCGGCCGUUUGAAACGCGGGCUGGACGCGUUUUCUCCGCGCGACAGAGGGUGCGUCAUUGAGAAAAAGUGCGGGACUCCCGAAUGCGAUUACGGCCGUUACUUGGAAUGGGAAGGUCGUUGCCCGCGACGCAACGAGUUGCGACCGGCUUCGUCAUCCGUCAGCGGCUGAAUGGAUGCAGCCAACGCACAGAUAUCGACAC